AUGCCGCGGAAGCACACGACCUCCUUCUCCUGCACCUACCUCAUCACUUCCAGCCAGACCAUGACGAGCAUUGUCCGGGGUCCGGGGUCUCUUUGGGCUCCUUUAAGAGCCACACGCCUCUCAUACACACCUUUGCGCCCCCUCCCGUUGGCGUGCUACCACCUCGCUCCAUUCUCUACCUCCGCGGCCUCCCACGCCCCCAAACAACGGCCCCGAGUCCGAUCAGCAUCCAAACCAAAUCUGCCAGUCUCAACCACACCAAUUCUAGACGACCUCUCCCCCAACCACGUCAAUGCACCCCUCAGCACCUUCCCCGCGCCUCUCGACUUCCCAGACCCGCUCCCCGCCUCCACCCCAACCGCAGAGAAACUCAAGCGCCUCAUCGCCGUCGGCCGCGCCUACCUGACCUUCUACAAAACGGGCCUGAAAAACGUCUACCACAACUACCGUGCUGCCCUCUCACUGCGCCGCGAGCUCGGCCUCCCCGCCUACUUCCCCGUCUCACCGCCACGCAGCACAGCCUUCAAUGAGGCCAUCCUCACCUCCCCUUCCACCCCAGAACUACCCUUGGGCCGGGGCCAAUUCCAGCUCGUCCGGCGCUCGGCCCGUGACGUGCGACGGAUGAUCCCGUUCACGCUCAUCCUGAUUAUCUGCGGCGAGUUCACGCCGCUGAUUGUGCCGAUCUUCGGUAACGCGAUUACCCCGGCCACAUGUCGGGUCCCAGGGCAACUGGCCAAGGAGCGCGAGGCGGGGUCUAAGCGGAAGGUUCUCGCGCUGCAGGCGCAUGCGGCGGCGUCUGCGGAGGCGGGCGAGACAGCACCGGCACCCGCGAUGGGCAGCGACGAGGAGCUCGGGCAGCUAGCGCGAUUCGCGAGGGCAAGCUUCGCGGCGGGGGCGAGUGCGGAGGAGGUCCUACAGGCAUGUGCGGUAUUUGGGCUUGUGACGAAGCACGAUCGGUUCUUGGGGCGGCUGCUUGUAGGGCCGGUGUAUCGGCCGCGGCUACUGCGGCACUUGCAUUACAUGACUAUUGACGACCGGAUGAUUUCUGACGCGGGAGUGGGCGCGCUGAGUGCCGAGGAAGUUCGGAUUGCGGUUGAGGAGCGCGGCGCUGGAGAUGUGGCGGCGUUGCUGCAGGGGGCGAAGGCUGAGGCUGUCGAGCGGGAGUGGUUGACGAAGUGGUUAGAGGCCAGGAAGAAGAUGGUGUCUGCACAGCGUGAAUAG